GGUCUGGUCCGUUGCUGCAUUGGCUGCUGUCGCGAGCUGAUGGCAAUUUCCCAGCGAACCCACCACUUCCUCUCUCCUCCCCCUCCUCUCGUCUCUCGGCUGCACACCUUCGUCUUCGAACUCCAGCUCUAUGAUUUGCGCUACACUCGUGGUUGUUGCUCUUUCUUUAGAGGUGGAUGCAUUCGUCAUCGGGGAAAGAAGGCAAUACAGUCGAUUCUAUUCUUCCGCCGACGCAAGUUGGCCAUGAUGUUACGCUUUCUCGAGAUGACAAGGUUAAAGAAUCAUCUUUCGGUUCUUCCUUUGAUCCUUUAUCUUGGAGGACUAUUGACUCGAGGGUUAUUGGUAUUGAGCGGUCAGCUGUACCAUCUUUUGCGUGGACUGUCCUGAAUAUUCUUCAGAAAGCAGGAUAUGAUGCUUAUCUUGUUGGAGGGUGUGUGAGAGACUUGUGUUUGAAAAGAACCCCAAAAGACUUUGAUGUGAUAACCGAUGCCACUCUUAAGCAGGUGAAAAAACAAUUUCGGCAUUGUUUAAUUGUUGGGCGUCGUUAUCCAAUAUGCCAUGUUCAUCUUAAAGGCUCCAUUGUUGAGGUUUCUACCUUUAAAACAGAUGAUGACAAUGUGAAAAAUGGCGAAGAUGCUCCUUCUCAAAUUCCCAAUAGGUGUACUGUCAAGGACUACAUCCGCUGGAAAAAUUGCCUAAGGCGUGAUUUCACGAUUAAUUGUUUAUUCUUUGACCCCAUUCGGCAAUGUAUCUAUGAUUAUGUUAGUGGCCUCAAGGAUUUGAGGAUAUCAAAGGUUCGUACAGUAAUUCCUGCAGAUUUAUCAUUUGAAGAAGAUUGUGCAAGAAUCUUGCGUGGCUUACGAAUUGCGGCUCGGCUUGGUUUUCAAUUUUCUAGGGAGACUGCCUCUGCUAUACGGGAUUUUUCUUCAUCCAUACUGAGUCUUAAUGCUGCAAGGCUGCAAUUGGAAAUGAAUUUUAUGUUAGCCUAUGGUGCAGCUGAGUCCUCUAUAUAUGCACUUCAAAAAUUCAAACUUCUUGAUAUCCUAUUACCCAUUCAGGCAACAUAUCUAGCUGAUCAAAGAAGGAAAAAGGUUGGUCAUGAUUUUAACAUGCUCAUGAAAUUAUUUUCUACUGCUGAUAAAUACUUUUCUACGGACCGCCCAGCUAAUGGCAAAUUGUGGUCAGCAAUAAUGGCAUUUCAUCUUGCACUAGUAGAAAAUCCUCAAGAUUCUCUUGUAGUUUGGACAUUUUCUACUAUCCUAUACAGGGGCACUUGGAAUAAUGCCAUAGAAAUUGCAAAACAAAAUGAGAGGGUUCAUCAUGUUCAAUUUAUUCCAGAAAUUCAUGCAUCAAUAAACCCCAAAUCUAAUGAGGAAAUCUUGGAAGAAGUCUCUCAUCUAGCUUCGUUGAUUAAAACUUCUGUGAAUUCUUUGACAAGCAUAGAUGCUCUUGAGAAAUCACUGGGCAGAUAUGGGAAUCCACCAUCUUCACGAAUGUUAAUUACCUCUAAGAGGAUGGGGAAGGAUGUCGCCACACUGUUUGACGUUCUGGAAAGUAAGAUAAAAUCAUAUAAUAACAAAAGAGAAGGAUGUCAGAUCAAUUAUGAGCUGCUUAAGAAAGGGAAUGCUGAUGAAAUUAGAUUUGUGCUUGGGAAAAUUAUCAUGGAGACAAUGAACAGCAAGUCGUCCGAUGGGCAGAGCCAAAUUGAGCAUGUGCAGUCACACAAUCACCCGCAAUUAUCUUCGUUGUUUAAGUGAAUAAUGAUGAACACAAACAUGAACCCUAAUCAUCCUGAUGAUCUUCAAGCAGUUUCCUCUUAUUGCAAAUGUCCACGAUAGCAUAGUGAAUUUAUCAAGCUAAUCUUAUCGAAGGUGAAGGGGAGCCUUGGCGCAACGGUAAAGUUGUUGUCAUAUGAUCAAAAGGUCACGGGUUCGAAUUCUAGAAGCAGCCUCUUGUAAAAAGCAGGGUAAGGCUGCGUACAAUGGAUCCUUUCUCGGGACCUCGCAUGAUGGGAGCUUCGUGCACCGGGCUACCCUUUCAAUCUUACGAAGGUCAUGGAAAACUGGUAUCCUAUUUGCCUUUUGUUAAAGAAUUCUGAUGAAUGUAUCAUCUCAAUUUUAAUAUUUAAUCAUCAGUUUUGUUUUACAAAUUUAUGUUUCAUUAUUGUAUCAGCUUGUAGAUUUGCCAGUCAAUCAGCAAUACUGUAACUGUUUCAGCCAUGUUGCUUAGGGAAAAUUGUAUUUCAAUUUUGAGAUAUACAUAUGCUAGCUAAUUUGAAAGGUGUGUUCCUAUUCUGCUGUC